AUGGUCGGCAGGAUCGCCUUCUGGAGCGGAUUCGAGCCAUUGAGGACGGCGAAGUUGCUAUGGGGCUUUUCAAGCGAACGGAAACUGGGUGUUGAGGACAGUGUUGCUGAUGCAAGAACCACAGGCUUCGCCGUCCGCUUCUGGCAAAUGGGCAUCGAGAUGCGCCCCUUCUUCAACAAGGAGUCCCUCUGGGUCUACCCUAUCUACAUGGCCGGUGGUGGCAGCUUCGGCUACUGGCUCCAGGGCGUCGACGACAGGCAGACGGCUUUCCUCAACGAGCGCAAGUCGAUCCUGCUCGAGAAGCGCGCGAGGGCAGCGGCGCGCAAGGAGGCUGAUCAAUAG